AUGAUUCGAUGGACGACCGAGCUCCUCGAUGCGAUUUUGUUUGGACUUUUAGAGGCGAUAAAGAGGCUGACUCGACCACUCAAGUUGGUCACAAGUCCGACCAUAGCAGCGGCAGCUCCUCAAGUGGUCCCCGGCUCGACUGUGUCGCUUCAAGCUAAUCUGGCGAGCAAGACGCCCAAUCCGUAUACUCUGGAUGAAACGGGCUCCUUGAUCCUCUCGAUUGGAAAAGUUGCAUUCCUUGCGGUCGAGAUCCUUCAUGAAUUCGAGCCACCCGCUGCGGUUGCGGGCUUGCAAUUGCUCGAUCACAGCCCAACGGGUAGCAUCACGGUACCCUCGCACGGCAGGCCCACUGUUGCAAAUGCGCCAGCUGCCCGCAAUGCCAAGGCAACGAUCCCCCCCGACGGCAGCAAAAAGACACUCGAUUCUAACAUUGGUGUUAGGCGGGAGCUCGGCGACGAGCGAUUCCGUCUGCCCGGUACUGACAUCUGCAUCGACGCAGGCAAUUUCCUUGAGGUCAGACUCGAGAUUACGCCGGAUGAAACCAUGACCUUGUUCGUCCAUCCUAACUCAAGCAUGUAUAGCGGCCGGCUGCCGCCGCACAGCAUCAAGGGCGGCGAUGUUGUCAAGGUCGAAGAUGUCGUUCGUGGACAUAGCCUCGGCAGAAUUAGGUGCCUGCGCUUCGACACGAUCUCGACGUAUGUCAAGCUCAACGCAGGCAACUCCAACAUCAGCUUCGAGGACGUCACCCGCUUCAACCGCGAGCUCAACCGGCUCUACUAUCCGCAAUAG